AUGAUUCUGAUAUGGAGUGUAACAUUGGGUCGAGGUCGAGGUCGAGGUCAAGGUCGAGGUCAAGGUCGAGGUCGAGGUCAAGGUCGAGGUCAAGGUCGAGGUCAAGGUCAAGGUCGAGGUCAAGGUCGAGGUCAAGAUCGAUGUCAAGGUCGAGGUCAAGGUCGAGGUCAAGGUCGAGGUCAAGGCCGAGGUCAAGGUCGAGGUCGAGGUCAAGGUCAAGGUCAAGAUCGAUGUCAAGGUCAAGGUCAAGGUCAAGGUCGAGGUCGAGGUCGAGGUCAAGGUCGAGGUCAAGGUCGAGGUCGAGGUCGAGGUCGAGGUCAAGGUCAAGGUCGAGGUCAAGGUCGAGGUCAAGGCCGAGGUCAAGGUCGAGGUCGAGGUCAAGGUCAAGGUCAAGAUCGAGGUCAAGGUCAGGGUCAAGGUCGAGGUCAAGGUCAAGUUUGA